UUUGUUAAAAAUAUUUAGUGGUUUGCAACCUUGAAACUGACCUUCCGAAAAAAUGCCAGCUCUAAGACCAAAAUACUUUUCUGACGCAAUUAGGGUUGGGAUGAUGACGAAAACUAUGCACAUUCGACCAAUUAAAAAGAUUCAAUACACGUUUGAUCCAUUUACAGACAAUGUAGCAUCGAUUCGGACUGUAAUGAACUCCCUGAAUACCAAGAAUGUUUUGAGCAGCUCAGUGGCAGUCUCCAAGAUCAAUAUACAAUCAGAUAGAUGUGACCCAGUUAUUGAUGUAGACUUUGCUGAUGGUCACAAAUUAAUAUUUAAGACGAAACAUUUGAAAGCAUCCGAGAUUCUAGAAAAGUUAGUGUUAUUUUGUAACGAGAAAGACACAGCACAGCCGGAGGCAGACCUUGCAUUAACGAAGAUGUCGGGAAAGCCAAAAGGCAAGAAAAAGAAGUAAAAUUACUGUUGACAUCAUACAAGACUGUGAUAUUGAAUUAUGUUACCACUUUUUUUAUCAUAUAUGAUAAAAAGACAUGCUUCAGAUGAGACUAUUUGGGGAAGUGUAUUCAUCAGGGCAGAACAUAGUGUUCAGUGUUAAAAGUUUGAACCAUUUAGCUGCCUAUUUAGACAAUUACGUAGGACCCACAUUCAGAACAGAACUUAAAGUGUUCAGUGUUAAAAGUUUGUACCAUUUUACUGCCUAUUUAGACAAGUACGCAGGACCCAUAUUCAGAACAGAACUUAAAGUGCUCAGUGUUCAAGUUUGAAGUGUUUUGUUGCAUAUUAGGACUGGUACAACAGACUCGCAUUCCGAAACAUGUUAUCGCCAACAUGGCAGGUUUACGAGUCUUUAUUAAUAACAUUAUUAUCGGUGAUUGAUUAAUUUGUUUUGGCAUUUUUUUUUAUCAUAAUUAUCAUGAUUUUAGUUUGAGGUUGGAUAUAAAUCAUGUUUCCUUAACUUUGUUUAUUUUCAUCAGUAAAAGUGUAGAUUUAUAUCAUAUUCUAUAUAUACAUAAAAUGAAAAAAAAUGAAGAUCCAUCUUCUAUAGUAUAUUCUUUUAAUUAUGCCCCCCUUCAAAGAAGUGGGGGUUUAUGGCUUUGCAUUUGUCCGUCGGUCCGUAGACCAAAUUGUUGCCGAGUGCUAACUAAAGAACGCUUAGGCCUAGGAACUUCAAACUUGGUAUGAUGAUUGUUCAAGACCAGCAGAUGACCCCUAUUGAUUUUAGGGUCAAAGGUCAAGGUCACAUUAACCUUGUAGAUAAAAAAGGUUUCCGAUCUAUAACUAAAGAACGUUAAGGCCUAGGAACCUCAAACUUGGUUUGAUGAUUGUUCAUGACCAGCUGAUGACCUCAUUGAUUUUGGGGUCAAAGGUCAAGGUCACAUUGACUUUGAAGGUAAAAACAGUUUCCGAUCAAUAACUUGACAACUCAUGGGCUGUUGGCCUUCAAACUUGGUAGGUGUAUUGGACUUGACCAGUAGAUGACCCCUAUCGAUUUUGGGGUCAAGGGGUCAAAUAUCAAGGUUGCAUUGACCUUGUAGGUAAAAACGGUUUCCGAUCAAUAACUUGACAACCCAUGGGCUGUUGGCCCUCAAACUUGGUAGGUGCAUUGGACUUGACCAGUAGAUGACCCCUAUUGAUUUUGGGGUCAAGGGGUCAAAGAUCAAGGUUGCAUUGACCUUGUAGGUAAAAACAGUUUCCUAUCAAUAACUUGACAAGCUAUGGGCUUUUGGCCCUCAAAUUUUGAAGGUGCAUUGGUCUUGGCCAGUAGAUGACCCCUAAUGAUUUUGGGGUCAGGGGAACAAAGGUCAAGGUUGCAUUGACCUUGUAUUUCAAAAUGGUUUUCUAUCAAUAACUUGACAACCCAUGGACCCUUGAAAUUCAAGCUAUACAGAUACAUUGCUUUUGGACAGAGGAUGACCUCAAUGGAUUUUUGGCGUUUAGGGGUCAGAGGUCAAGAUCACAUUGACCUUAUAGGUAAUAACGCUUUCUGAUCAAUAUCCCAAUUCAUGGGCCCUUUACCUUCAAACUUCACAGGUGCAUUGGUCUUGGCAAGUAUAUAACCCCCAUUGAUUUAAGGGUCAAAGGUCAAUGUCAUAUUGACCUUGCAUGUAAAGACUGUUUCUGACCAAUAACUCAACAACUUGAUUGAUAUUUUUUUAUUAAACUAAAAAUCCUUAUGGUAUACACAUUUCAAGGUCUUAUGUAAUAUAACAACUUGGCUGUCAUUAAUGAGGCCUACAUGAUUCAUAAAAUUUAUGCAUAUAUUAUUUGGUAAGAUUUGAAAUAACUUUGUCAUAAAAUUGCUGCACACAACCUUUGCGGUAACAAUUACCUAGUGAAUAGUCAUCACCAGUAAUUAAUCCUUAUUGGUUUUUUGGUCACUAGGUCAAAAGUCAGUCAUAAUAACCUGAUCACGUGACUAAUUGGCUGCUGAUAGGGGGCAUACAUGUUUUACAAACAUAUCUUGUUCAUGCAAAUAUAUAUUAUUUUUAUACAAUUACCAGUACAGCUGUGUCAGAGAAAUGGCUAAUAAACCUUUGCACACUGUGAAAGAAAAGAAAG